AUGACCGACGUUCAGGACAUUAUGUCGUCCCUUCCGGACGACAAAAUUGAUAUGAUUGCUGCGACCAGCGUCUUGCAGCAGCAGGCUGGGGACAUCCGGCAAACCAAGCCGAACUGGUACUCCUACAUGCAGUCGCAGAUGAUUUCGCAGGAAGAUUAUGCUUGCGUCAGCUCGCUGGACAAGGAUAAGAAGGCACAGGCCCAAUACCUACAGGAGAAUGCAUCGCAGUGUGCGAAAACACUGCUAAACAUGCUGUCGCACGUGUCGAAGGAUCAAACGAUCCAGUACAUACUGGUGCUGAUUGACGAUCUGUUGCAGGAGGACCGUACGCGUGUACAAAUCUUCCACGAUUAUGCCAACAAGAAGAAGGAGAGCGUGUGGGCACCGUUCCUGAAUCUGCUCAACCGCCAGGAUGGCUUUAUCGUCAACAUGGCAUCGCGGGUCGUUGGUAAGCUUGCCUGCUGGGGCCAGGAGCAGAUGCCCAAGUCCGAUCUGCACUUCUAUCUGCAAUGGCUAAAGGAUCAGCUGACCGUUGCUGCUCAAAAAUUGUUGCAUGAAAUGGAGGAGGCGGAAAAGAAACGACUGGCGGAGGCGGCCGCCUCGCACCAUGGUCACCAUGGACAUGGGCACCAGUCGCAUCAUGGCGAGGCACAUCACCCGAACAGCCACCAUCAUCAGAUCGCGGAGCGGUACCGUGAAAUAUCGAGUGCGAUCGACGAUCCUCAGAGAGGUUCCUCGAAGGAAGAUCUACACGUGACCCUUACGAACAACGAAUACAUCCAAUCGGUGGGUCGCUGUCUGCAGAUGAUGCUGCGCGUCGAUGAGUAUCGUUUUGCUUUCGUCACUGUCGAUGGUAUCAGUACGCUCAUCAGUAUCCUAUCAUCCAGGGUGAACUUCCAGGUUCAGUACCAGCUGGUGUUCUGUCUAUGGGUGUUGACGUUCAAUCCACUCCUGGCCGAAAAGAUGAACAAGUUUAACGUGAUCCCCAUUCUGGCCGAUAUUCUGAGCGACUGCGCGAAGGAAAAGGUGACCCGCAUCAUACUGGCCGUGUUCCGCAACCUGAUCGAGAAGCCGGAAGAUUCGCAGGUAGCGAAGGAGCAUUGCAUUGCCAUGGUGCAGUGUAAGGUGAUGAAGCAGCUGACCAUUCUGGAACAGCGCCGUUUCGAUGACGAAGACAUCACCGGCGAUGUUGAGUUCCUGACCGAAAAGUUGCAGAACUCGGUGCAGGAUCUGAGUUCGUUCGAUGAGUACGCAACGGAGGUGAAGAGUGCCCGCCUGGAAUGGUCGCCAGUGCACAAGUCGGCCAAAUUCUGGCGUGAAAACGCUCAGCGUUUGAACGAGAAGCAGUACGAGCUGUUGCGCAUUCUUGUCCAUCUGCUGGAAACUUCGAAGGAUCCGUUGGUGCUGUCGGUGGCUAGCUACGACAUCGGCGAGUAUGUGCGUCACUACCCAAGAGGCAAACACGUUAUUGAGCAGCUGGGAGGCAAACAACUGGUAAUGCAACUGCUCGCCCACGAAGACCCGAACGUUCGUUACGAAGCGUUGCUGGCCGUCCAGAAGUUAAUGGUGCACAACUGGGAGUACCUCGGCAAGCAACUGGAGAAGGAGAAUGAGAAGGCUCCCCAGGGCAGUGCACCGAUCAGUGGAAAAGCUUAA